AGAGAUCAUGAAAGAUACACUGGAACCUCUGAGCAGUGCAACUGCAAAUCCAACCACUAUUGCCGAAAGGGCAUACACACAAGAAUGAAGAAUCCUUCACAAGGGGUAUAUACGUAAAUCUCCACGCCCGCUCAGAGCACAGCGUGCAGCGCACAAGAGGGAGGGAAAAGCCAAAGAAGCCACCGCUUCCCUUUCGUAGCUUCCACACCUCACCACCUGAGCUCGGCCGGUGGCGGGCUGGCUGCUUCCGUCCGUCCGCCGCUUUGCUUGCUUGCUCUGCCUCCGCCGCACCUCGCCUCCGUCCGUCCAGCCAGCCAGCCAGCACCAAGUCAAGCGAGAAUCCGGUCGCACCCCGACUCGACCUCCCCGGACGUGCGGUUCUUGGUGGGGGUGUGUUUGGCGUUGGCGGCGGCCUCGAGUUGACUCGAGGUGUGAGCUCCGACACCUGCUGCGGCGCCGUUCUGGAAGCAGAGUUUCUUCCCUUCCCGUCAGGAGUGAGUGGGUCACUGACUCACUGGGCGGGGUUCUUCCACCUGCAAAAAAAGCAGCAGCUUGGAUUCUUGCUAGGGGCGCACGGUUGGUCAGCUCGAAGGAGAAGCUGACCUGGUUGGGCGUCGAGAUUUUGAUUGACUUUUGAGGUGCCGGGGUAAGACUAGACAGGUUGCUUCCUGCACGCUGGUUUCUUGGCUCUGUGGCUACCGACCUUGCUGGUUUUCCUCCCGAAUUAGUGGCCGAGUUCCAUCCAGACCUUGCAAAGAUUGGGACCUUUGUGGUCUCUCUUCCUCUUGAUUCCUUGCGUUACUGGCCUUCUCGUGCUGCGAGCCAAGAUUGAGCUGAUCUGCUAGCUGGGGAUCUUGAGGCUACAGAGUUCUUGUUUGGGUGCACAGUGCAUGGGCGGUGGGUGAACGGUAGAGACUAGAGAGGAAAGAUGGGGAAUUGCAUCGACACGACGGCGCGGGUGGAUCACAGCAUGAACAAUGCUGCCUACCCAUCAAAAGUGACCAGCAAGACAAGUUUGUCAUCUGUCCCUUCCACAAUCAAGAGCAACUCAACUCGUUCAACUUUGACUCUUCCAUCAAUGAGAGAUCGAAGUGAGCUUCCUACUCCUCGGACAGAAGGCGAAAUCUUGUCAUCUUCUAAUUUGAAGGCAUUCACAUUCAAUGAUCUAAAAAAUGCAACCAAGAACUUCCGACCGGACAGUCUUCUUGGGGAAGGAGGAUUUGGGCAUGUCUACAAAGGUUGGAUUGAUGAACACACGCUUGCUCCUUCAAGACCAGGGAGUGGUAUGGUUGUUGCUGUGAAGAAGCUUAAACCAGAAGGUUUUCAAGGACACAAGGAGUGGCUGACAGAGGUUGAUUACCUUGGCCAACUUCACCACAAGAAUCUUGUUAAGCUCAUUGGCUAUUGCUCAGAUGGUGAUAACCGGCUUCUGGUGUAUGAAUUUAUGCCCAAGGGAAGUUUGGAGAACCAUCUGUUUAGAAGUAUGUAUUUCAUCUCUAUAACUCUGCUUUGUGAAGUCCCAGUUUCUUAUAACUUUCUUGGACAUUUAAUAAUGCAAUAUUUCUACUGUUUAGGAGGCGCGGAUCCUUUGUCAUGGGCAAUAAGGCUCAAAGUUGCUAUUGGAGCUGCUAGGGGCUUGUCAUUUUUACAUGAUGCUGAAAACCAAGUCAUAUAUCGUGAUUUCAAGGCAUCAAACAUUCUGCUAGAUUCAGAAUUCAACGCAAAACUUUCAGAUUUUGGCUUAGCAAAAGCCGGUCCAACUGGGGAUAAAACCCAUGUAUCCACACAAGUCAUGGGUACUCAUGGAUAUGCAGCUCCAGAGUACAUUGCAACAGGCCGCCUCUCUGCAAAGGCAGAUGUCUAUAGCUUCGGGGUGGUGUUGCUUGAAUUGCUCACUGGAAGAAGGGCCCUGGAUAAAUCAAAACCAGGCUUUGAGCAGAACCUAGUUGACUGGGCCAGACCUCACUUGGGCGACAAGCGCAGACUAUACCGUAUCAUGGACACGAAGCUGGGAGGACAGUAUCCAAAAAAAGGCGCAAAUGCCAUUGCAAGCAUUGCCUUGCAAUGCAUUUGCGGUGACGCCAAGCUGCGUCCUCCUAUGUCGCAGGUGUUGGAAGAGCUGGAACAGCUACAAGAUGCCAAAUAUGGUUCACCAUCACCAUUAGUCGACAUAAGGACAGCUUCACACGCCGCCCCAAAAUCACCAAUGAGCACCACCCCAAAAUCACCAAUGAGCACCACCCCAAAGUCGCCAAUGAGAGUUCAACCUUCACCACGGCGCUCACUUGGAGCAGCGGCAGCAUCCCCAUUGGCAGGAUAUCGCACUGCACAAGUGCACUAGAACUGGACUUAGAGGGGCCACGCCCUGUAGGUUGUAUAUUUGUGGGUUCAUGCAGUGAGCUCUGAGCAGUGUUGUAACUUUUGCUUCUACUCAUGUUCUGGAGAUCGUGUAUGACACCAGAAUCUGACCAUGUCAACCUAUGAUAAGUUAUCUGGCCCGGUUCAAUGGGUACUCAUUAUUGGCCUGUGUCAUGACUGUUCUGAGAUUCA